ACAGACAUUCAAAGGCGUUAAAAUUCAUUCGUUUCGUCUCACAGUUCAACUUAAGAUAAUACUUUAUAGAAUAACACAAUGUUUUUAAAGUUCUCUAUUUCGUUUCUAUUUUGUAUCUUAGCGGUUAGCUGUAUGAAUGCGGGCCAUAAGCGUAAAGCUUCACAUUCAGCUGAACCCGUUUUGAAAACUGAAGAGGAACUGGAGGAUGAAAAGAUAAUAGAAACGGCGUUCGAGAAUUGUAAAAAAUGGAUCACCUUGAAUAUGGAUAUCACACUUGAAUUGAUUUCAGAGUUUGCUUAUUACGGGUACAUGGGUGACAAAAAAGAAGAUUGGAAUUUUAUAGCUACGUACUUAGAGGACCUUAAACCAAAUGACCAAAAAGAACAUUACAACAUAGGAAUUAAUUUGGAAUUAUUUACUAAGCUAUUUAAAGAGCAUUGCAAAAAAUCAGGAGUGCUUGUUAAACAUUUCGCUGAAGAAAGGGAAGCCGCAGUGAAAAGAAAGGACGUACUAGGAAACCCGGUGAAUUCUUUAGAAUUAGUUGUUGUGCCAGACAGAGGGUACAGGUCUGAAUAAUCUAAUAUUAUUAGAAUAUGACUAAUCAUUUCAUAAUUUGUUUUUAAAAAUGUCUCAAAAUGUUCUUAAACAUAUGUUUUUAAAAUACAAUACAUCAUGAAGACUUUAUUAAUUCCAAAAUCUGUUUGUUUUCAAAUAAACACUUAUCACUUA